AUGCACACAAGUGGAGUUACACGCGACACCACCACCGCGCCACCGCCGUACCCCCACGACGACGACGAGGCCCCGACAUGGCCGUCUCAGCCCAGCAGUCGCGUAAGCAGCUUGGAUUCCGGGCGACGACCGGCAUCUGGCCCGUAUUCGCCGGUGCCGGACGUGUCGGAUGAAGAGGAGGAGGGGGAUGAUGACGAUGGCCGCGGUGGAGGGUAUGCGCGAGUUCCUGUUACCGCUGCUGCUGCUGCUGCUGCUGCUGUUAGGGAGAGCCAGAGCCAGGGCCAGAGCCAGAGGCUGUCGUGGAUGUCGGAUGAUUUUCAGUCUGGAGACGAUGGCGCGACGGGCUGGGGGCGGCAGCAGCGGCAGCAGCAGGGGCAGCAGCAGCGAGACUCGGCGACGACGCUGGGGAGUGGUGGUGGUGGCAGGGGUGAUGACGAUGGCGUCGACGACGCAGAGAGGGAGGAGGAGAAGAAGAAGAAGAACGACGCCCUGUGCGAGAUGGCACGACUGUCGACGGAUGGCGGCGACGAUGACGCCGCCAGAGCAAAUCAGCCGCCCAAGUGGAUGCCGUUCCACCUGCGACGGCCGUUCUUGGUGGGGUUCGCUGUCGUGUGGGUGCUCAUGAUCGUGGCGUUGGAGGUGCUGUAUUUCGUCUCGGAGCGUGACGGCGGGAUCGCGACCGUGGACGAGGGCUUGCAUUACUUGUGGACGUAUGGGCCGACGUUUGUCCUCACCAUGGCCGCUGCGCUGUGGGGACAGGUGGAACAUAGCGCGAAAGGGAUCAUGCCGUGGACGCUGAUGAGCCGCGGGCCGACGGUGGCAGAACACGGCCUGCUGCUGAACUACCUGACAUCGUCGAUGGCGGGGUCGAUGGUCCGGUCGCUGCGGAGAGGCCACUUCGCCGUCAGCAUCGGCAUCCUGGGGUCCUUGGUCGUGCGGCUUCUGAUCAUCUUCUCCACCGGUCUGCUCAGCUUGGAGUACCGCUCCGUGACCAACGCCAAGGACUUCGUCUUCCAGGACAGCCCCAACUUCGCCAAGGUGGUGGACUAUACCAGCUUCUCCAGUGAACAGUUCCGGCCGUUGAGCAACGGCGUCAACUUCUGGGCUAUUCUUGAUUAUAAUUUGUCGUAUCCUCAUGGGGCGACGUCGAAGUAUGCUCUGCAGUCUUUUGCGCCUAGUGAUGGUGGCGAUUACAUCAACGUGACGGCCGAUGUCCAGGUCUUCGAGGCCUCACUGGAGAACUGCGAGACGUUCAACUUUAGCUACGAUACAGGGGGCUCGUCAAACACUUUCGGCAUCUCUUGGCAUAAAGGGGUCCCAGAGCGCUACUGGAGCACUUUCGAGCCCUGGUGCUACACGGACCAUUCGACGUACGGCACGUCUUCAUCCGUAGCAGACGGCCUCCUUAACGAAUUCAUGAACCUGACGCAGCAUGUCGUUAGAUGCACGAAUUCGUCGAAUUCGUUACCGGUAGAGGAGCGGGAAGACCGCGUUCUCAUCACACUCGACGCCUGGGUCUCUCAGGAUCAAUCAGCGUCUUCAGGCAUAAUGUGCGAGCCGAAAUACUCGCUGACCCGGCGAACAGUCACGAACGUGACAGGGAGCACCGGGAUUGAGGAUGGACUCAACGUCAGCGCAGAGGUCAAAGAGAGGUUGGACCUGGGCGCUCGGCCUUUCAACAUCACCCGUAACAUACUGUACAGCGUGGGGGGCGAACAUGCCGACGGUAUCUUCGACAUCCAGGCGAACGCGUGGUACACGUUGCUAAACACGACAGAGCCGCAGAGCAGCCUACAAGCCUUCAGCAACACAAGCCUGGUGGUGGAGCUCUCGCAACGCGUGUUCCCUGGCUUCGCGGCUUACACGAUCAAGAAGGACUUCAUGGACCCUUCGGACGAGACUGCGAACGGCACCGUCGUCUUCACGCAGAACCGUCUUUGCGUGCAGGAGCUGUCGCUGAGGCUCAUGGAGGCUCUCCUCGGGCUGCUGACACUGCUCAGCAUAGCGUUGUGCUUCCUGUCUCCCGGAGUCUUCCACCGGGAUCCGAGAUCUGUGGGCGCCCAUGCCUUGAUUCUAGCAAGGAGCCCGGGCCUCAUCAAGCUGCUGAGCGGUUACGGCGCGUCGUCGAAGCAGGCUCUAAAGUCGCGCCUUGCCGGCCACACGGCGCUCUUUCCGCAGCGAGCGUCACCGGAAGACGCGGCCAUCACCGUCGCUCCGCAAGAUGGCACAAGGUGCGAGGCAGAGUGCCCAGACGAACUCGAGCAACGUCGAUGGUGGCACCCCAUGCCGGCGACGUGGUGGUUCAGAAGCUCGCUGGUGGCGGCAGCGAUGGGCAUCAUCAUAGCGCUCGAGGCGCUGCUGCAGGCGUCAGAGAAGAACGACGGGCUCGGGGACGUGCGGCUCGACGGCUAUCAAAAAUACGCGUGGACCUUCAUCCCAACCGUCGUCAUGGCGGGCAUCGGGCUGGCCUUCUCCAUGGCCGACUCGACGGCACGCACGCUCCACCCGUUCCAGCUGCUGGGCAAAGGCCAGGCCAGCUUCGGCGAGCUGCUGUACGACCCGGCGGGCCAGGUGUCGCUGGUGGCGGUGGGGCGGGCGGCGUGGAAGCGGCACUUUGCGCUGCUGGCCAUGAUGCUGACGGGCCUGCUGGCGCCGCUGCUGACCAUCGUCACCAGCGGCCUGUACACGGCGGAGCCGGUGCCGGGCGUGCGCAACGUCACCCUGACGCUGCACGACUGGUUCGACGUCCAGAACCGCUCCGUCAACAUCAUCAACACGGUCGACGGCGACGACGGCGAGGCCUGGACCGUGUUCCAGCUGCUGGAGUUCUCGAACCUGUCGUACCCGCAGUGGACCCACGGCGAAUACGCCUUCUCCAGCUUCGGCCUCGACGUCGAUGAUAGUAGUAAGAGUAGUAGCAGCAGCAGCAGCAACAACAACACCACCACCACCACCACCGUCGCCGACGGCAUGACCAUCCGCGCCCGCCUGCCCGCCGUGCGCGCCAACCUCAACUGCAGCCUGCUGCACUACUACGAAAACCGCAACUUCACCUACGCCGACAUCCCCGGCGGCGACAGCUUCAUCCCCAUCGACCCGCCGGCCGGCUGCCGCACGCCGCCCUACAGCAGCAACGCCACCCGGCGCCAGAUCUGGCUGACGCCCGACCCGGCCAUCGACGCGGACGGCACCCUCGACCGCGCGCGCCGGGGCGAGGACGGGGGCGCCUUCGUCGCGCGCCUCGAGGACGACUACGCCACCGUCAGCCUGGCGUGGGAGGACGCGUACGUCGGCUCCGCGUCGACGUCGACGAGCGUCGGCCUCUGCGGCGACGGGCGCCAGCACGUCUUCUACGGCGUCGGCGCCAGCGGGCCCGACCGGCUCUGGGAAGACUUCGCCCUCUUCCACUGCGCGCCCUACGUCGAGGCGCUGUUCGUCGCCGCCAACCUGUCGCUGCCGGGCCUCGACCUCGUCGUGCUCGACGACAGCGACGGCGAUCCGCCCGUCGUCCCCGACGAGGACUCGACCGCCUUCCUGUCCGCCUCGGCCAGCGCCACCGCCUUCGCCAACGCCGACUUCGACACCUUCGCCGCCGCCCUCGUCAACGGCAGCGUCGGCGGCAUCGGCGGCGUCGCUCACUUCUCCUCGCUCGUCGGCCGCGCCAACGUCGGCCGCGCCAAGCAGGCGCUCGAGUCCCUGUACGCCGUCUACGGCGCGCAGAGGCUGCAUUUCAACUACCGCCGGGCGCUCGACGUCGACGGCUCGGUGCCGGCCUUCGCCCCCGCCGCCGCGAACGAAUCGUCGGAGGCCGGAUCAUCAGCCAAUGCGCCGGGCACCAUGGAACGGUUCGUGGGCGGCGGCGGGGGUAGCGCCGUGUUGACGGAUCGCACGCGGUUGCGGCUGAAGCAGAGCGCCGUGUCGACGCGCAUCUUGGAGGCGCUGGUCGCCGCCAUGGCCCUGUGUUUGGUGGUGGCGGCCGUGUUGGAGAGGAGGGGCGGAGCGGCGGCGGCGGCGGUGGUGUUUUCGUCUGAGGCUUCAGCUUCGUCUUCGUCGAGGCUGGGCGGCUGGAGUGGUGGUGGUGGUGGGAGAGUUGUGCCGAAGGAUCCGGGGUCGUUGGCUGCGAAGAUGAGUUUGUUCGCGGACGAGGAGGUGUGGAGGAGGGAGGUGCCGGUGGGGGCGGAGAGGUGGGGGGAUGGGGAAGUUGUGCGGAAAGGCGUGUUCCAGGGGUGCGUGUUUGGAUUGGGGUGGUGGGGUGCCAGUGGGGAGGAUGGGACGGGCGGGAAGGGGAGGUUUGGGGUGGAUGUGGUUGGGAGGGCGGAUCCGAGGGGGUCGACGUGA